GGCUCCUUUUGAGCAUGCGCUGUGUUCUCUAAGAAUCUUUUUCUGGACGGAGGCAAUUCGUAGCGAAUCAAUGUUAUGCAGCUGGUGAAAGGAGUCAUGGCCAAUUUUCGUUUAGCACUCAUCCAACUCCAUGUGUCUGCUGUCAAAACAGACAACUUGAACAGAGCCUGUAGACUGGUGAAAACUGCAGCAGAACAAGGAGCAAAAAUUGUAAUUUUGCCAGAAUGCUUCAAUUGUCCCUAUGGCACAAAAUAUUUCCCAGAAUAUGCAGAGAAAAUUCCUGGAGACUGCACACAGAAGCUCUCCGAUAUUGCAAAGGAAUGUGGUAUAUAUCUCAUUGGAGGUUCUAUUCCAGAGGACGAUGCAGGAAAAUUGUAUAAUACAUGUACAGCUUUUGGUCCUGAUGGCACUAUGUUAGCUAAAUACAGAAAGAUUCAUUUGUUUGACAUUGAUGUGCCUGGAAAAAUCCGAUUUCAAGAAUCAGAAACUCUUAGUCCGGGUGACAAGUUUUCUGUGUUUGAAACGCCAUACUGUAAAAUAGGAAUUGGCAUUUGUUACGACAUCCGAUUUCCUGAGCUGGCUCAAAUCUACACCCAGAAAGGUUGCAAACUCCUAGUAUAUCCAGGGGCUUUUAACUUGACAACUGGGCCAGCCCACUGGGAACUGCUACAGAGAGGCCGAGCUGUGGAUAACCAGGUCUAUGUAGCAACUGCAUCUCCUGCUAGGGAUGAGACAGGAUCUUAUGUAGCAUGGGGACAUAGUACAGUAGUAAAUCCAUGGGGUGAGGUUAUAGCCAAAGCUGGUACUGAAGAAACAAUUGUCUACGCAGAAAUAGACUUAAAGAAGGCUGAAGAAAUCCGUGAACAAAUCCCCAUUCUUUCCCAGAAACGAUCUGAUCUUUACGCUGUUGAAGCAAAAAUUGUAUGAUUCUAAUUUGGACUGACACACCUUUUCUAAUAGAUAUUACGAGCUAAUUCAGUGUAAUAAACUAGUAAAUCAAGUUUAUAGAUAAUUAAAAUGAUCUCCAUAUAAUGGUGAAAGUUUAAGCUUAAUUUUUUUUUAGUCUGUACAGAUUUUGGACAUUUUGUAUUGCACUAGAAACUUUUUUGACACUUAUACAUAUAAAUUUUUUUUUAUGAAAAUGGAAUAAUCAGUCAUAUCAAGAAAUGCUCAACAUUGGACAAUAUAUUUUUUAUCAAAAUAAUAUUCGAUAAAAGCGGAAAAAUUUCAUUUUUGUUAGUUGUCCUAAAUUGGUUACUUCUGAAAAUUCAUUAUCAAAUACAUGCUUUUUAAAAAAUAUGGUGUCUAUUUGGUUUUAUGAAAAAUAAUCAGAAGAGAUUAAAUUAGCUGAACUCCCCCAACAGUAUUUUGAAGACACUUUGGAAGCAUCAUGCAAGUCUGAACAAUGCUUAUCCAGUUCUAAUGGGGAGCUUUUGUGUACAAGAAUCAAUUAAAUUCUCUGCAUCAAGGUUUAGUCAGUUGCUUACAAAUCAGAUAGUCAAUGUGUAAACUCUGUCCAGAUUGCAAAGCACUUUAAAUCCUUUAAUAUUGCACACACCUUACAUGAAUUAAGUGCCAUUUAGAUCUCUGUUUCAGUAGUGAUAAUUGAACCGGACUUUUAAAAGGCUUGGGUUUUUUGUUUUUUUAUAAUGGACUUCUAAACAUUCAUCAAAAAGGUUUGAGUUAUUACCUAAAGAAGCAGUUUUGGCAUUCUGUCUCUCAGAAGUCCUAACAUCACAAGGUCCAGAUUGCCUCUCUAUCUUCUCAUUACUCCCACUUCCCAAUACUUAUAUGAAGAAGUCAUCCUGUAUCUUCCAACUGACCCAGAAGAGCUUGUAUUUUCAGCUGCUGCAGCUAUCCACAAUCCCUGGUUCCUCACAUCAAACUAAACCUCAUGCAGGAAUAGUGUUAUCCAAAUCUAAAAUGGUGUCACAGCUGGAGGUUGGUAGGAAUGAAUUUAAGCUACAAUUCAGCUUUCAUCAAUAAUUCAGAUCUAUAGCUAGUUCUUGAGAACCAUUUAGAAAUUUGUGCAUUAUAGUCCAGUAAAUUAACCUACCAUUCUUGUCAUUCCAAGGGUGUUCUGGCCCUCUUCCCCCCUUAAAUUAUAUUCAAAACUGGGAAUGGUUUAUGGUAUGGAACACAAUGAACGGAUUGCAGCUGCCUGGACUGCAGAUAUUUUAGUGCUUUAAAUAAACUAACUCUCUUGGUCACUCAACAUAAUUAUAAGCCAGAUAGGACAACUAAACACCUUAAUAACUGUCUUCAAGUUUUCUUACACUUUUAAAAAAUAUUAGCUUUGCCCAAUGUACUGUAGCAAGAGUCCCCAAACUUGGCAACUUUAAGACUUGUAGAAUUCUGGGGGUUGAAGUCCACAAGUCUUAAAGUUGCCAAGAUUGAAGACCUCUGUAUUGUAGGAACCUCCUCCCCCACUUUCUGAAAGCAAAUGCUUUCCUACCUUGUGCAACAUCUUCCUGCUCGCGAUUUGGCUGGUUGUUUUUUAUACUGAAUUGCUGGUAUUGUAUGGGUGGGAGGCAUGGUAAAAGAGUAGAUGAGCCUGCUAUGUGGAAUCUUCAUGAGACAAUUGGGGUGCAGAGUUUUCAUUUUUUUAAUGUUGUUUAUUAGUUUUAUGAUUGUUUUAAUUCAUCCAGAGUUAAUUACGAUUGGUGGCCAUAUAAAUCUUUAAAAUAAAAUGUAUGCUUGCUUAUAACAAUA